CCACGAUGGACAAGCCCACCAAUGCGAAUCAAGGGUGCGUUGGCACGCAGAGCGAGGAAGCAGGAAAAGCUGCUGGGUGUGCGGGUUGCCCAAACCAAUCGCUGUGUGCUAGCGGGGCGACCAAAUUGCCCGACCCGACCGUGGCGACAGUGAAGGACCACUUGAGUCGCGUGAAGCACAAAAUUUUGGUGCUUAGUGGCAAAGGCGGAGUUGGCAAGUCGACAAUCAGUUGUCAACUGGCGUUCGGCCUAGCGCAAAAGGGGUUCCAAGUGGGGUUGUUGGACGUCGACAUCACUGGCCCAAGUGUUCCGCGCAUGUUGGGGCUGCAGGGCCAAGAAGUGCAUCAGAGCAACGAAGGAUGGUCUCCCGUGUAUGUCGACGACAACUUGGGCGUGAUGUCGAUUGGGUUUAUGCUUCCGAACGCAGACGACGCCAUCAUUUGGCGCGGGCCAAAGAAGAGCGGCCUCAUCAAGCAAUUCCUCACGGAUGUGCAUUGGGGAGACUUGGACUACUUGAUCAUUGACACGCCUCCGGGAACGUCGGACGAGCACAUCAGCAUCGUCCAGUACUUGAAGGACGCUCAGAUUGACGGCGCCGUCGUGGUCACCACGCCCCAAGAAGUUGCGAUGGCCGACGUGCGCAAGGAGCUCAACUUUUGCAAGAAGACAAGCGUGCCAAUUAUCGGCGUCGUUGAAAACAUGGCCGGGCUACAGCAAGACCUGUCGCGCUGCAACUUUGUCGACCCAAUGACUUCUGUGGACCACACGCAGCACGUGCUCGACGUGCUCAAGGCGAAAGCGCCAGAGCUGCUCUCGAUGGCUGUUCAAUUGCAAGUGUUUCCGCCAGCGGCCGGGGGCGGCGAAGCCAUGGCGCGCAUGUUCCAAGUGCCUUUUCUCGGUCGUCUCCCCCUCGAUCAAAAACUCACGCAAGCUUGUGAGGAAGGCGUGAGUUUCCUCGAAGCGUACCCAACAUCGAGCGCUGCGUCUGGGUUCCAGCAAAUCCUUGACCAAGUCGUUCGAAACACCGCCAACAAGUAGAAUUGCCAACGUUGAAACGAAUCGAGUAAAGGUGGCGCCACACGACCUACGCGUGCCUUGCCCUGGUCGAUGUUGAUGGCCUGAGGAUUGAACCGCAUACGAGGUCGAACUCUGUGUCCCAUGGAAUGAAAAGUGCCGGGAGCGCUUGGAACCCGGCGUCAUUGCGAUCGGAUGGAUGCGCCGCUCUGUCGUUGCAUUACGGAAUCCAUG